AUGGAGUUUCCACGCCUACCGGUAGAGCUUUUGGAAGAGAUUGUGGGAUAUCUUGAACCUCUAGAGAUUCUUGCUGCCAGACAACUCUCACGGCAAUUUCGAAGUUUGGUCGAUGAAUCAACAGCAUUACAACUUCGUAUAGAGGCAUACGCAGAUGGAUAUAUCCUUCAGCGGUCCUCAACUCGUAGUUCAGGCGGUAUCACCGCCAAAGAGCUAUUGGACGCACUUCGAGGCAUGAGAAAGCGCUCAAGGAGACUAGUUCCCCGUCAGAUACUUCGCUAUGGCUGUCCAUUUAACGACGAACUCGCAUUCGAAAUUUGUGAUAGUACAUGGGGACACACCUUGCGCGCUCCUACACGGAGUUUUCGGGCUCUGAACUAUAUUCAUCUGGCUCCUUUGCCUUCCCAAGGCAAGGAUGUGCAUUGUUUCCCAGAACCAUUACCGUUGCCCCGACCAGGCAUAGAUCACAGCAAUCUCAGCGUUGAGAUUAUCGAUUUUACAUUCAUGGUGGGUUGUGACCUUCAGGUCCUCCUCGAAUCCAUUGAAGACGGUCAUGCAAGACUUCACUUCCGCUCAAUAUCUUCAGACCAACCGCAUCCGUUGGCUGCCAGGCCUAUUAUCGACGUACCUGACCGAACUACGCAAGAGCACCGAGGAUGUGAUAUGUUACUAUAUGAGAGCCGAAUCGCACUCACAUAUCUUCGCUGGACGCGUCAUGCUGGAGAACUAGGUGGUGUUUCGGUGUGGGACUGGAAGACGGGAGAGAACCUCCUGGAUUAUCGACCUGCCAUAGAUGCCGCUUUUCUUCCUCAUGAUCAGAUGUUGCUGCUAUACGACGCCGACGCGGAGGGACCUGCUCGGUUCUCAGUCUAUUCGUUCCGCGAGGGAAGCGUGACGCAUGUUCUGCAGUUGCCGUUGGACCGACCAAUCAGCUUUGGGAUUCUUCUGACCCAUCCUUCGAACCAUUAUGGCUCCAACGCGCCAACCAGUGUGAACAAAUUGCUCAAAACGGAUCCAGAGACGGACAUCAUUCUCAUGGAACUUCGUUUAACUGCCCCAGAUUCCGGCCUUUUCCGUGUGGCAAUCUCAAUCGGACGCCUCCUGAAGGCUUGUAUUCCCAAGACUGAAUACGAACUCGAACAAGAUGAGCCGGGAACUCCCAAGGUUCUCAGGUGGCGCCAUUGGGGAAUAAACGCGACCCGCUGGUUCACGCCUUAUAGCCUGAUGCGCACCUCUGUUCGGUCGACUUAUGGCUCACGGUUUCUGGCAUUUGGGCGACCAAAUUCCUUCCAGGGAGACGAUACUUCCCUUCAAUACCCCUGGUCGCGAGACGACUGGCCGACACUACAGGGGGGUCGAAUACUGCUAUUUGACUUCAAUCCCCGUGCAAUACGGCGAGAUAUGGGGGGAAACUCUAUUCAUGGGGACCAGUCAUUCGUGUAUACAGAGCCUACUCUCUGGGACAGUGACCGGCCCCACACCAGAAAGGUGCUUUCGGCACUACCCUUUCGUGUCACGACAAGCCCCAAGAAUUGGGAUUACCACCACAUUUACAUGAACGGGAGUACCCUCUUUGCGCGACGAGAUCAUUAUUAUGAUGUUUUCUCCUUUCUUCCCUGGAGAGAAGGCGACUUAGAGUUACAGAUGGACAAGCACCCCCUUCGACCAGCAAAUGUGAUUUAA